AAAAAGACCGCAAGAGACACAGACAACAUUUACACAUCUACAAUAUUUUAAAUGAGGGGACUUCAUUUGGUUAACGCUUACUAAAAGAACUUCUUAAAUGAUCGGAUUUGUACAGCUAUCCCAGUCCUACCCCCUUCCAAAAAAAACAAAACGCAUGAAGAAUUGAUCCAUAAGACAUUGAUUAUAGAUAGCGAAAUAUCCUGAGAACGGAAUCAGAAAUAUCCAGGGGCAGCGGCAGUUAUUACUUCACAUCGCUACACACUUCAAGUUUUACAAGCAAGCCGGGAGCAGCGGAAAUAAUACUUGUGGCGAAAGACCUAUACUGGCAAAUAAAAACUGUCGUCUAAUAUCAUAUGCUAAUUCCACAUCACAAAAGCGAAUCUAAUUAUCUUUGUUCUUCUCUUAUAAAAGGAAGUAACUCUCAUCCUUUUAUUUCACCCUAUCUGUCAUGGCUUUGGCUCAGCGAUUCCGCAGCAGUUUGUUUCUGUGUAUUGCUUUAUUUCUGAUGGUAUGUUUGGCGGACGAGGUUAUCAAAGACGAUGAAGUGAAAACAAUCCGAGGAAGUGAUGUCUCGACUAGGAUGCUGUCUCGGUCUGGCAAAAUCAUGAUGGUUCGUGAUGAUGAUGAUGACGAUGAUGACGACAAUGAUGAUGACGACGAUGAUAAUGGCGACACAGACGAUAAUGAUGAUAAUGAUGACGACGAAGAUGACGAUGAAGACUUUAGUGACAGCAAUGAGGAGUUGCUAUCAUUUGAAGUGGAAAAAAUAGAAGAGAAAGACGCAGAUGGUAUGGACGUUGGUAAAUUGGAGAAACAUUUUGUGGAUUCUCUCGACGAUGUGAAGUUUACGUUCUCUCAAGUGGACAGCCAGUCAAGCUUACAAGGACUGCCUGCUAUUAAUGUCAACAUGUCAGCUUUCCUUGUCGAGCAAAUGGCUACUCUUGACCUGAUAGUCUACCUGUUUCGUCGUGGUGGUAGUAUCACCUUUGGUAGCGAGACUUUUGCAGUGCAGAGUGGAACAGUGAAGUUCAACAUUAAGAUUAGUGACUGGGAUUUCUGUGACGGGACGCCUGCAGACUGCAGCGAGGGCAAAACUGGAGAAUUUCUUGAUCUUAAACUAAAAAUAAAGAGCAAAGGAUCACCAGAAGAGGUAGACGAUGAGGACCGUAAAAAGGCAGCUAAACCAGCAAUCUGUAAAGACAACGACAAUGAUGAUGCCGACGAUCAAAAGGAUAGCAGUGAUAAUGAUGACGACUGCCCAGCAAUAUAUGACAUUGGUGGAGACUCCGAAAUGGUUCUUAACAAAUGGGUCGUUACCGAUGACGAUAAAUACACUGCCAUGCCGCUGGGAUUCCCAAAAUUUGAGUUCGAGGAUGGCGAGAAAAAGUUUGUUUUCCGCAUUCCUAAAUUCAACCAGAACGUCAUGGUUGAUCCAAGCGUGAAUGUUGGUAGAAGUAAAAGUGCUGCCUCUUGGUCGCAGCUUAAUACUGGCUUGGCUCUGUUGCUGGGUUUAACUGCCAGUUUGCACUUCAUAUUUAUUUCAUCUUUAUUUCUGAUGGUAUGUUUGGCGGACGAGGUUAUCAAAGACGAUGAAGUGAAAACAAUCCGAGGAAGUGAUGUCUCGACUAGGAUGCUGUCUCGGUCUGGCAAAAUCAUGAUGGUUCGUGAUGAUGAUGAUGAUGACGAUGAUGACGACAAUGAUGAUGACGACGAUGAUAAUGGCGACACAGACGAUAAUGAUGAUAAUGAUGACGACGAAGAUGACGAUGAAGACUUUAGUGACAGCAAUGAGGAGUUGCUAUCAUUUGAAGUGGAAAAAAUAGAAGAGAAAGACGCAGAUGGUAUGGACGUUGGUAAAUUGGAGAAACAUUUUGUGGAUUCUCUCGACGAUGUGAAGUUUACGUUCUCUCAAGUGGACAGCCAGUCAAGCUUACAAGGACUGCCUGCUAUUAAUGUCAACAUGUCAGCUUUCCUUGUCGAGCAAAUGGCUACUCUUGACCUGAUAGUCUACCUGUUUCGUCGUGGUGGUAGUAUCACCUUUGGUAGCGAGACUUUUGCAGUGCAGAGUGGAACAGUGAAGUUCAACAUUAAGAUUAGUGACUGGGAUUUCUGUGACGGGACGCCUGCAGACUGCAGCGAGGGCAAAACUGGAGAAUUUCUUGAUCUUAAACUAAAAAUAAAGAGCAAAGGAUCACCAGAAGAGGUAGACGAUGAGGACCGUAAAAAGGCAGCUAAACCAGCAAUCUGUAAAGACAACGACAAUGAUGAUGCCGACGAUCAAAAGGAUAGCAGUGAUAAUGAUGACGACUGCCCAGCAAUAUAUGACAUUGGUGGAGACUCCGAAAUGGUUCUUAACAAAUGGGUCGUUACCGAUGACGAUAAAUACACUGCCAUGCCGCUGGGAUUCCCAAAAUUUGAGUUCGAGGAUGGCGAGAAAAAGUUUGUUUUCCGCAUUCCUAAAUUCAACCAGAACGUCAUGGUUGAUCCAAGCGUGAAUGUUGGUAGAAGUAAAAGUGCUGCCUCUUGGUCGCAGCUUAAUACUGGCUUGGCUCUGUUGCUGGGUUUAACUGCCAGUUUGCACUUCAUAUUUAUUUCAUAACUCGAAGAAUUUGAAUUCCUUUUAGUCCGUAACAUAUUCAUAGAAUUUUUUAUCGCCGUGUUAAAUGUGCUUCUUUGAUUGGUUGAUAAUAUUUUCCCGCUUCUAAAAACAGUAUAUUCACGAAAAGCAUUGGAAGCAUUCCAACAUAAGGUGAACGCUUCUCUUGUUAUACACUUGGGCUUCUCAUAAGGGCAUAUCUUAUUAGGAAUUUCGUCUUGCGUUACACGGAAGAAACGCAAUUAUAAUAUAGAGUAUGACAUAUAAAAAAAAACAUGUCAACGGGGAUCAGGUAGAAAUUUUAGUAGAAACGAAUUUUAAGUCCCCUCAACGAUGCACUUAGCGAUAAAGACUCUAAGUUGAUGAGAACUAUAUAACCUAGGCAUCACAUAUAUUUAUGGCUCAUAGUGCUAUAUCGGAAUUAUGAUUUUAGAAAAUGCCAUGGUUAGACUUAAUAAAUAUCCAAUAAAUGACAUUAUGAAUGUAACUAUUAUCACUAUUAUUAUUGUUAUAUCCAUGCAUAUUACAUUAUUCAAGUAUUCAAUUCGGUAUAUCUGCUGUAAAGUUGUUAACAGGUCUUUUAUUAAACUCAGACGGUAUAGCCUGUUGCAUACAAAACAGAGUUGAGGCUCAUGUUACUUUAUAUUAAGUACUGAGCGGCGUAUCGAUGUAAAACAAAUCAUAUGAUAAAUAUAAUUUCAUGACAUUUCUAACUUAGCUGUGCUGUUUUUUGCUUAUGAGAAAAUCUCCAAAUAUCAGAGAUGUUAGGGCUUUAUAUUUGCCUCGUUAGCUUGAAAACAUGAGUUCCUUCUCGAAACAAACCUAAAUUUGCUCGUCUUAAUAAAUUUUUCUUUUUUAUCGACAAAACAUUUUUUGCCAAGCCCUGUUCAUUGGCAAAGUGUUCAACUGAGUCAGUUGCUAUUAAGGAAGUUUGGCCGAG